AUGGGUUUGAAGAAGCAAGCUCCUCGCCAAGAAGAAUAUUACGCUGAUGAAGUGGGUCUGAUUGAGGAUUUGAUAACUCAGGGUGCUGUUCCGCUGUCAACUUGCUGCUCACCAGUCUCAGUCAACCUGCAUACCUCCGAUGUCAUUGUUAAAUUUUGGCACCAGACGUUGUACGUCAAAGGAAAUUAG